UCUAUGUGUGUGGGGCUUUCCAUAGCAGCGAGGAUGGCGGCAGCUACUCAACCUGAAGCAUUUACUUGUCCUAUGGUCGGUUUAAUUUGAGUUUAAAUAUCAAUAAGAAACUGUAAGCUGGUUAACCAUAUAGUUAUGUCAUUCUCCAACUGGUCACCUGUCGAAGGACAUUCCUGAGGCGAGUUGUGAAUAUGUUCCACCACAUGGAGUGGGAUUCAACAGAUGACGGUCUGGAAGCAUCAAUGGAUGACUCCCCUCACUUACCUGAAUCUUCUCAGUCGAUGUCCUCGACCACCAACAACAUCUCAGAACAUGAAUUCUCAUGUCACUGUUGCUACGACAUCUUAGUGAACCCCACCACUUUGACUUGUGGCCAUAACUUCUGCCGCCACUGUCUGGCUCUGUGGUGGGAGUCCUCACACAAGAACGAGUGCCCAGAGUGCCGGGAGAAGUGGGAAGGCUUUCCUAAAAUCAACAUACUGCUGAGGGAUGCAACUGACAAGCUGUUCAGUGAUGUCGUUCAACGGAGGAGAGCAGAGAUCCAGGAAAACCCCAAAAUCUCCCGGAGCUUGCUGGCCUUCCAGAGAUAUGGUGACAACUUGGGUAGAUCCAGGACAAACCAGCACAAAGGAGCAGGCUUCUUCUUCUCUGGUGUCCUAGUUGCACUCACAUGCGUGGCUGUGAUGGUUUUGGUGUAUCACUGGAGCAGUGGCGUGGUGGAGCAGCAUGACCUGCUGAUCAGUAAACCAGUGUCCCAUUGGACGCCAGAGGAAGUGGUGUCGUGGCUGGAACAGUUGGGCCCGUGGGCCCAGCUUUACAGAGAACCCUUCCAACAGGAAAACGUCAAUGGAAGGCUACUGUUGAUGCUGGGGGACGAAGAGUUGUUAAAGCCGCCUUACAGCAUCGAGAAUCAGGCUCACCGACGGGCUGUUCUGGCUGAACUGGACAGAGUUAAAGCCCUGGGGGUCAAACCUCCGCAGAACCUCUGGGAGUAUAAAGCGGCUAAUGCUGGGAAGUCUCUGUUCUUGCUGUAUGCACUGAAGCGCUCCCCUCGCCUCACACUCUUCUACUUGUAUUUAUUCGACUACUCGGAAACCUUCCUGCCCUUCCUGCACACCUGCUGUCCGGCCAUCACGCACAUCGACCAAUCAAUGGAGAGCAGUUUCCUCAAUGCACAGUUGGAGCCCAGCUGGCGACAGUGGGGAGAGUUUCUUGUGAAGUACCUUCUGCUACCAUACCAGCUGAUAGCAGAGUUUGCUUGGGACUGGUUGGCCGUCCACUACUGGACAUCUCGCUUCAUUAUCGUGAACGCCAUGUUGCUGUCUGUGCUGGAAGGCUGCGCCCUGUGGAGACUCUGGACAGCAGCGAGGAUCAGGACUCUGCCACGUAAGAUGUGGAACCACUUGUGGAAGAUGUUAUCUCAGGGGUUUGCCUUUGCCCUCCUGUGGCCUUUUGUCCCUCAGUUUGUGUGCAACUGCCUCUUCUACUGGGCGCUUUACUUCAGUCCCAUCAUAAAUAUAGACCUUGUGGUGCAGCAGCUAAUGCACCCAGAAACACAGGCACUGUAACAAACUGCAUGUAGUCAGUGCCCAAUUAAUGCCACACACUUCACAGCAAAUAAAGUAAAUAGCCAGACAUCCAGUUGCUGAAGAGAAAGUGUUUAUUUUCAGCAUUAAACUCAUAUGAGACUGGCUUUGUUUGCUGUUGGAAAGGAGGUUUUCUCGCUUCCAGUGUUGUCUCUCUGAUGGAUGGUUGCCAUGAGGAACAAGAGAGGCUUUGAGCUAUUUUAGGAGAAGCAAAACCAACCAGAUAAGGAACAGUGAAAUAUCUGUGAUCUUAUUGAUUCGGAGAGAUUACCGCAGUGAUCUCUCUUUGCGUGCGCAGUGCAUUCACAAACCACAUUGCCUAAAUGGUCCAGGGGGCAGUAAUGCAAAUGAUAAGUCAUGUUCAAACAUUGGUGGCAAUGAGGAUCGGCUUCAUUAGGAGUUUCCUGACAGUUGAUAGCUUUGUAGCACUGAGAUGGCUGAAGUCCAGUUAAAGGUGAGCAUUUUUUUUUUACAGUCCUCGCUAAUGACAGUGGAACAAAACAAGUAUAAUUGAACUUUGUUGAAGUUUUAUUUUCAUGUGUCUUUUGGCAUGCAAUUAGCAAUCACUUAAAUGAAAAGCUGUUGCUUUAAAAGUAUCAGUUUGAAUUAAACAGUGUUAUAAGUGUGUAUAAAUCCUCAUUCUACAUAAAUUUCAGUGCACUCUGGGUCUUCAUUGUGACUCUGGCUGUGACUGUGAUCUUGGUGCUACAAAGAUGUCCACAGAUUAAUUCUACAAGGUUUGGCAACAUGAUUGUGAAAUGUGUCAUGUGACUUGUUGAGGCUCAUAGUUCUGCAGCCUGUUAGGAACCUCAAGCUUUAGCAUUGAUUCAAGGGAAGAAAGAACACAGUCAUGGUAAACGAAUGUUCAACAUUGAAGUUUGUUCCAGGAGUUCCAAAUGUUCCUUUCAUGAGAUUUGUGGCACUUAGAUUGGAAAUAAAAAUUUUGUUCUUCAUGUUUUUUUAAAUACUGAUGCAAAUCUUGUCCAAUUUUUAUGAUUUUAAGGAGAAACUAUUUGUAGCAGCUUUUAUUUGCUUGUACUGCUGAGAAAGAUUGUGUUGCACAUUUUUUUUUAUUGUUAAAAUAAAUUCUGCUUCAGUAUACAUUUACAUGUGGUGGGUGGGUAGAGCCAAUCAAAUACAUUCUUUUUUACAUUGUUCAUUUGCACUUCAAAGUUCUACACUGUGAUUUUGUUCUUCAGUGUUCUCUAAUGACCAAGGAAAAAUAAAGAUUUUUAGAUAAUGUUA